GUUGAAGACCUCAACCGCGCAUGGAUGCCGCGAUGUAACGUCGGAUGCGCACAUUAUUAUUUCUGUAAAUAAAAGCGUUGCAUGCCCUAUUUAUCCACUUUUUUUAGAUAGUCGAAGAAUGCCACUUUUCACGAGAAAGGUCGAGGACCUUUCCAGCGUCCGCUGCCAAAGAUGCCUGGAACUUGGCCACUGGACGUAUCAAUGCACGGGGAAAAGAAAAUACUUGCACAGGCCUUCACGAACGACGAUGUUAAAGAAUGACAUGAAGAAGAAAGCGCUUGCGAAAGUUAUGCAAUUGAAGAACGCAUCAAUGCAGCGUACAAGAUCGAACAGUGGCAGUGACAGCAGCAGCGGUAGCAACAGCACAAGAAGCAGCAGCAGCAGUAAUAGUAGCAGUAGUAGCAGCAGCAGCGGCACUAGCAGUAGUAGUAGCAGUAGUGAUUCCGAGGACUCGAGCUCGUCAGGUUCAGUUGACGAGGAUGGCGAAUCAAAUGAAAGCAGUUCAUCGGGUUCUUCCAGUUCCUCAUCUUCGGGCAGUGAUGAUGAAAGCCCCCCAAAGCGCAAGAAGACAAACUAAUAAACUUGUAUUAUAUGUUACAUCUUAUAUAUCUGAAAGAAAAGAACAAAGUCAUUUUUAUAACGUC